AUGCCUCGAAUCUUUGUGAAGAAUUCGCGACGCGGUUUGCAUCUUAAAAGAGAACACAAAAAUACGGAGGAUGAGCAGGUUCAAAAAAAGAUUUCAUGUGCUGCUAGGCUCGCUGCUAAGCAUGAAAAUGAUUCUGCUCUACAUCUCAUUGCUGGUGCAAGCAACAUGGAGGACUGUGAUAAAGUUGCGGAAAAGCUGAUCAACAAAAAUGUUAAUGUGAAUGCACAAAAUCGACAAGGGUUUACCCCAUUACAUAUUGCUAUCCAAGCAGAUAAUAAAGCAAUUUUCGAGUUACUUCUGAAACAAGAUUACUUGAACGUUAACCUGAAGACUAUAGAGGAGCACACACCACUCUACUAUGCUCUACUCAAAUAUGAAUCGGGUGACACUGGUGAUGAUUCGUAUGCAGCAUGCCUGAUGAAAAGCGAUAUUCAAACCAAUCCACUCUACUCAGAAUACUGUAACAGUUUGAUGCAAAUAUUGAUUUUAAAUGGGGCUGAAAAUGCUGCAAUUUUUUUGGCAGUGGAAGUGGCUAAUUUGAACCAUGUUAAUAGCGAGGGUGAAACUGCUCUCCACAUAGCAUGCUCAAAGAAUUUUUCCAAACUAGUCCUUCAUCUGGCGAAACUGGGAGCAAAUUGCAAUCUCCUGACGAACGAAUCGAGACAAUCUCCUCUUCAUUAUGCUGUUGAAUCAAAUUCUGAAGACUGUAUAAAAGUUUUCAUAGAAUUCAAUGAAUAUAUUGAAGGAUCAGAUACAUCUGAACCAAGAGUUCCAUGUAACUUCAACCUACGAGAUAUCAAUGGGGAUACUGCUAUAAGUUUAGCCUUGAAUAAAGGUUAUAAUCAUUUGGUUCCAGUUUUGAUUGAGGGAAAAGCUGAUGUGAAUAUCAGAAAUGGUAAAGACUUCACUUUAUUACAUCAGGCGAUACUAAAUGAAGACUCCAAAACCGCCAUAUUUUUGUUGAACCAUGGUGUCGAUAUAAAUGCAAAAACUACUGACUAUGAAACUCCUCUGCAGCUUGCCAUACACUGUCAUUUAGCUAAUGUUGUUGAUGCUCUUUGUACAAGAGGAGUCGACAUGUCGGCUCCAGAUAGACUUGGAAAUUGUGCUUUAUGGGCAGCUUUAGAUUCUGAUCAAGAAGAAAUAGCAAGUAUAUUGACGUUGGUGGAACAUCGAGCGAAUAUUAAUAUCAGAGAUUCUGAAAACAAAACUCCUCUUCAUAUUGCCAUUGAAAAUCAACAUGAUGAAAUAAUCACAUUGCUACUCAGUGUUCCAGAAAUCGAUUUGAGUUUGAGAGAUAAAUUUGGGCUGAGUCCAUUUGCGGCUGCGUUAACUUUCAGAAACAAUAAAGCAGCUCAAGCAAUUCUGGAUAAGUUACCGAGUGCUGCAGAACAAGUGAGUGGCCUAGCAGAUGAAUUUUAA